CAUGUACGGAAUGCUUUACGAGAGUGUGCAGCACUACGUGCAGGAGGAGUAUGGCGUCGAAAUUUGGAAGAAGGUGUGCCACAUCAUCGACUGCAAGCACAACAGCUUCAAGACGCACCAGAUCUAUCCGGACAAGCUGAUGCCGGACAUCGCCGAGGCCUUGUCCGCCUGCACGGGCGAGUCCUUCGACUUCUGCAUGAACUUCUUUGGCAAGUGCUUCGUUCGGUUCUUUAGUAACUUUGGCUACGACAAGAUGAUCCGCUCCACGGGACGCUACUUCUGCGAUUUCCUGCAGUCCAUCGACAACAUCCAUCUGAUUAUGCGGUUUACCUAUCCCAAGAUGAAGUCGCCCAGCAUGCAGUUGACCGCAAUGGAUGAUAAUGGAGCUGUGAUCCUCUAUAGGAGCAGUCGCACUGGCAUGUCCAAGUACCUGAUUGGCCAGAUGACGGAGGUGGCCCGGGAGUUUUACGGCCUGGAGAUCAAGGCCUAUGUGAUCGAGAGCCAGAACGACAUCAGCGGAGGAACAGCGGGUCCCAUCAAGCUGACGGAGGGUCCUCUGACCGUGAUUGUAAAGUAUCGCCUGGACUUUGACAACCGGGAGUAUAUGGCCAAGCGCGUCAAUACGGAGGCUCAUCCCUCGCAGCUGAAGAUGCCCACGGUGAAACUGGAUGUUUUUCUCGACCUCUUUCCCUUUACCUUUGUGCUGAAUCAUGAUAUGAAAAUCACACAUGCCGGCGAGAAGAUCGUGGAGACGUGGAUCAUGCAUAAUCCAGGGGCAAAUCCAAAGGGCUUCAUUGGCACCCAUGUCAUGGAUUUGUUCCACUGCCGUCGUCCUAAGGACACCGCCAUUGAUUGGGAUACUCUCAUUCAGAUGAGGGCGGUGCUCUUCGAGUUCGAGCUCAUCCGUACGGGUCACAACCGCGCCGCCUACGAUGCCGUCUUGAACAUGGACUUUGAGAACUACGAUGAAAUGGAUUUGAACGAGGCCCAGACAAUGGCAUUGGCCAAGGCCAAGGAGUUCAACGAAGCCCAUCCCGCGGAUGCGGAUGAAGCCUCGGGAGAGGACGAGAUAGACCCAGCCACUGGGGAACGUCGAUCCUCUCAGGGUCUGCGAUCCAUCCUGCUGAAGGGUCAGAUGUUCUACAUCAAGGACGUGGACUCGCUGAUCUUCCUCUGCAGUCCCCUUAUCGAGAACCUGGAUGAGCUGCACGGAAUCGGUCUGUACCUCAACGAUCUCAAUCCACAUGGUCUGAGUCGGGAGCUGGUCAUGGCUGGAUGGCAGCACUGCUCCAAGCUGGAGAUUAUGUUCGAGAAGGAGGAGCAGCGAUCAGAUGAAUUGGAAAAGUCCUUGGAACUGGCUGACUCUUGGAAACGACAGGGUGAUGAGCUGCUUUACUCCAUGAUACCGCGACCCAUUGCCGAGAGAAUGCGUCUCAGCCAGGAGCAGGUCUGCCAGAGCUUCGAAGAAGUCUCGGUCAUUUUCCUCGAGGUGAUGAACGUUUACGAUGAAGGUCUGAAUAGCAUUCAGGGCGCCAUGCAGGCGGUGAACACCUUGAACAAGGUUUUCUCGGCCCUGGACGAGGAGAUCAUCUCUCCGUUUGUCUAUAAAGUGGAGACCGUGGGCAUGGUUUACAUGGCUGUUUCAGGUGCUCCCGACGUGAAUCCCCUCCACGCGGAGCACGCCUGCGAUUUGGCCUUGCGGGUAAUGAAGAAGUUUAAGGCACACGAUUUGGGCGACGUGGCCAUCCGGGUUGGCAUCAAUUCAGGACCUGUGGUGGCCGGAGUCGUGGGUCAAAAGGUCCCUCGGUACUGCCUCUUUGGGGACACGGUUAACACAGCCUCGCGAAUGGAGAGCAGCAGCGAUCCCUGGAAGAUCCAGCUUUCAAAGUACACCGGCGACAAAGUGCGCCAAGUGGGCUAUAAAAUAGAGUCGCGCGGCACCGUCAAGGUCAAAGGCAAGGGCGAGAUGGAGACCUUUUGGCUGCUGGAGGGACCAGAGGGUUAAGAAUAUAUAAUAUUUAAUGCACCUCAACGUUUAGCACCUUGCACUGAAAGAUUGUACG